CCCGCCGCCGGCGCCUCUGCUGCCGGGUGCAGGCCCUGGACUCCUACCCUGUGGUGAGGGCUCCCUAAGGCCACGGCGGGAAGACGCCAGCAGGCCUGGCGUGCCCGCCCCUCAGGGUCGUCAACUCAAAAGGCCUCGUGUUCUGUCUGAUAGCGGGCCCUUCCCCUACGGAGGAUUUAGGGGAAGGGGGACCUUGGGAAGGGGGGGUUCUUCCCGUUUAGCACCUGGAAGAAGUUGAAGCCUGAAAGAGAAAAGGCAGGCUGGUCGCCAGGGUUGCUCACGUAAGGUCCUUUGCCCUAUCAGCCUGAGCGAAAGAGAGGGGACGAGGUUUCAGGGAGGAUGCCUGGUCAUUUACAGCCCAAGGUCUUACACGUGUGUCUUUUUGUUGAGGUGAAUCUGAUUAACGAGCCCCUGGUGAUAUUUGUUUGUGCAACUACAGGCGAAGGAGACCCCCCUGACAACAUGAAGGUACAACUUCGUGGCCAAGAAGCUGCACCGACGGCUGCUGCAGCUCGGGGGCAGCGCCCUCCUGCCCGUGUGCCUGGGCGAUGACCAGCAUGAGCUGGGGCCUGAUGCUGCUGUCGACCCCUGGUUGCAGGACUUGUGGGAGAAAGUGCUGGAGCUGUGCCCAGUGCCUCGGGACCUCGCUGUGAUCCCCCCUGGAGUCCCCCUGCCCUCCAAGUUCACCCUGCACUUCCUCCAAGAGGCUCCCGGCACGUGCUCCGAGGAACGGAGGGCGGCCAGCCCGGACUCUCGAGGGCCCCCGUCAGAGCUGCAGCCCUUCCUGGCACCCAUGGUCGCCAACCAGAGGGUCACCGGCCCCUUGCACUUCCAGGACGUUCGGCUGAUCGAUUUCGACAUCACAGGCUCCGGCAUCAGCUUUGCCGCUGGCGACGUGGUGCUAAUUCAGCCCUCAAACUCGGCUGCCCACGUCCAGCAGUUCUGCCAGGUGCUGGGCCUGGACCCCGACCGGUGCUUCACGCUGCAGCCGCGGGAGCCAGGUGUCUCCUGCCCCCCAAGGCUGCCGCAGCCCUGCUCCAUGCGGCACCUCGUGUCCCAGUACCUGGACAUUGCCAGUGUCCCUCGCCGCUCCUUCUUCGAGCUCCUGGCCUGUCUGUCCGCCCAUGAGCUGGAGAGGGAGAAGCUCCUGGAGUUCAGCUCUGCCCAGGGCCAGGAGGAGCUCCACGAGUACUGCAGCCGCCCCCGCAGGACCAUCCUGGAGGUGCUGUGUGACUUCCCGCACACGGCUGGCGCCAUCCCACCAGACUACCUGUUGGACCUUAUCCCCGCCAUCCGGCCGCGAGCCUUCUCCAUCGCCUCCUCCCUGCUGGCACACCCCUCACGGCUGCAGAUCCUCGUGGCUGUGGUGCAGUACCAGACCCGCCUCAAGGAGCCCCGCCGCGGCCUCUGCUCCUCCUGGCUGGCGUCCCUGGACCCUGGACAAGGAGCCGUGCGGGUGCCCCUGUGGGUGCGGCCCGGGGGCCUGGCCUUCCCGGAAACGCCGGACACACCUGUGAUCAUGGUGGGGCCUGGCACUGGGGUGGCCCCCUUCCGAGCAGCCAUCCAGGAGCGUGUGGCCCAGGGCCAGACUGGAAACGUCUUGUUUUUUGGCUGCCGCUGGCAGGACCAGGACUUCUACUGGGAGGCGGAGUGGCGGGACCUGGAGAGGAAGGGCUGCCUGACCCUGGUCACGGCCUUCUCCCGAGAGCAGGUGGGUGUGCCUGGGAGCCGGGGGUUGGGGGGGGCGUUCAGGCUCAGCCCCCUGCCCAUCUCCCGCCCUGCAGGAGCGGAAGGUGUACGUGCAGCACCGGCUCCGGGAGCUUGGGCCGCUCGUGUGGGAGCUGCUGGACUGCCAGGGCGCCUGCUUCUACCUGGCAGGCAACGCCAAGUACAUGCCGGCAGACGUCUCGGAAGCGCUGACGUCCAUCUUCCAGGAGGAGGGCGGGCUCUCUGGCCCCGACGCGGCCGCCUACCUGGCCAGGCUUCAGCGGACGCUGCGCUUCCAGACGGAGACGUGGGCCUGAGGAGCUGUCCCGACAGCCCACACCCGGUCCGAUGGCCAUCUCCAGGCCCAGGGAAGGGAGUCCAGAGGGAAACACCUGGCAGAGGGGCCGUUGUCACCUCCAGGCCUGGUCUGGACCCAGAGUCCUCUAAGACCAGGCUUGGGGCUUGCACACCCUGCUGGUCAGGACAGCCAGCUCCCUGCACACAGCCACACCCCCCUGGAUCCCCGAGUCCUGGCCUCUCAGCCCUGGCUUUGCUGCAGCCUCUGCGACCCCUCCCAUCUCUCACCCUGACACACAGCUCUGUGUCCAUGUCCCCCCCGACCUGGCCAAGGUGGUGCCCUGCGCAGCACCACCCACACAGGUACAGUGACCCAGGAAGGCACAGGCAGCCUGCCGAGCCCUCCAACGUGUGCAGGGUCCCUGCGAGGCUGCACUGGUUCCUCUGCCCUGGGGACUCCCCAGCCACUCCCACUGCAGCCUGCUGUCAUCCCAGUCACCCCGACACCUGCAGGGCUCAGACAGAGGCAGGGGGACCCUGGCUUCCUGAGGUGCAGUGGGAGGGCCCAAGCCCGUGCAGCCCCUUCCUCUCCUGGUUCCAGGAAAAUAGCAGUAAAUGAUGCCUCCCGGUGGCUGCUUGUGACGUGCGCUUUCUUCCUUCCUCCAGCUCCUCCCGGGUGGCGGGUGGGUAGGCGGGCCCACAGCUCGGAGGAACCCAUCCGGUGUGGUGGUGCACCUGCCACUGCUCAGCCACCUUUGCCUGGGUUGCUGCUACAACUUUGGUGUCUAAUUCUAACAUGGUGAGCGCCUGCUGUUUCCACUGUGAACUCAAGGCUUGGAGGCAGGUCAGCCAAGCUCUGCCGGGCUCUGGUGGCCAAGCAGGGGUGACCGGCAGAAGGGCCCUGGUGAGGUACAGGGGAGGCCCCAGGCAGGCUGGUGUGUGCCAUCUCUGCCCUGUCCGGGAGCAGGCCCACACCCAGAGCAAGGCGCACCGCCCGGAGGGGUGUGGCAGCCAUUGUUCCGCCUCUGGGAGGGGCCUUUGGUGCUGGGAGGGAAAAUCCUGUUGGAGGAGUCCGGCAGGCCAGCCCACAUCACCCCGCAGAGCCUGUUUGUCCGUCUGUCAGUCGCUGGCACAGGAUUAGACGAGGCCGAGGCCAGGCUGGGGACGGUGCUGUGUGGGUCUGGGAGCCACUGGAGCUGGCACACCUGCUGGGCCCAAGCGAAGUUUACUUCCAGCCUGGAGGAGGUCAGUGCUGGAGCCCAGACUGCCCGC